CAUCGCGUUCGAUGUUGUAGCAUGUUGGAUUAUUAACCUAUUUUGGAAUUUGACUUUUUGUUGAUUAGGCCUACAGUAAUUUGCACACGUUGUGGGCUUGUGUUUUUUCCGACGAUGGGAGACAAAGGAUUUCCACCGCUUCGUCCGAUCUUCUGCUUUGCUUCCUUUAUUGUAACGCUGCACCUCGUUAAUGGAGACCUGAGUUAUUCUAUUCCAGAAGAAAUGAAACGCGAGUCUGUUAUUGGAAAUAUAGCUAAAGAUCUCGGUCUUGAUCUGAGGACAUUAUCUUCUCGAAAGGCCCGUAUUGACUUUGAGGGUGCUCGUAAGCGGUACUGUGAUAUUAAUCUGAGUACUGGAGAUUUGAUCACAUCGGAGAGAAUUGACAGAGAAAGCCUUUGUGGCAAGAAACCGUCGUGUGUUGUUGCGGUUGAUCUUGUAUUGGAAAAUCCUCUGGAGCUUUAUCGACUAAGUCUUCAUAUUCAAGAUGUGAACGACAACUCGCCAAAAUUCAAAAAACAAUUGAUUGAAAUGGAAAUAAGCGAAUCAGCCAACAAGGGUAACCGCUUCUCUAUCGAAGGGGCCCAUGACGCAGAUAUAGGUCAAAAUGCUGUUCAAAGAUACCGCCUAGAAAAGAACGACAACUUUAUUCUCGCUGUUGACAGCAACAAAGUUGAACUGGUACUGGAGAAUACACUUGAUCGAGAGAAACAAAAGGAGAUUAAUUUGCUUCUGACAGCUUUAGAUGGUGGCUCUCCUCAGAGAUCAGGUACUGUAGUCAUACACGUCACUGUGCUGGAUGCUAAUGAUAACGCCCCAGUGUUCAGUCAGGCCGUUUACAAAGCCAGUCUGCCUGAAAACUCUCCUCCAGAUACUUUAGUGAUUACUGUUAGUGCUACUGACGCAGAUGAAGGAGUGAAUGGAGAUGUGACAUAUGACUUAAGCCAUGUGUCUGACGACGAUGUAAAUGCAUUUUCUAUUGAUCCUAAAACGGGAGAGAUCAGAGUGACUGGUUUGAUUGACUUUGAAGAAAGCAGUUCUUUUGAAAUGAGCGUGGAAUCCAAAGAUGGUUUGGGACUAACCUCUUAUGCUAAGGUUAUAAUAGAUGUUACUGAUAUGAAUGAUAAUGCUCCAGUUAUAUACCUGAAAUCACUGUCUAAUCCCAUACCU